AUGCUGCUCUUCCAAGAUGCAACCCUUCUCACAAUCAGCUAUGUACAUACCUUCGCUGAUGCUAUCUCAAGCACCAAUUUCUUCACGGCCAAGAAGAAGUACCAGCAGUUGUUCCUUAUGACCAUGAUCCUCUACAUACAUUGGGCCAAGAAGCCCCCGGGGAGAACUAUGGCAAUAUUUGGCAACUAUUGA